CUUGAUACGAGGCUGCCGAGUGAUCUUUCAACCGUAGCACAACAAAGCCAGCUGAUUUUUGUUUCUUUGGUUCCGUAGUUUUGUUCACGCCAACUUCCACUCUAGUAUGGACAUACCGGAAUUCAUAGGAGAAUUUACCACUUGACUAUACCCAUCACUCUCUGAGUUGUGUAUCGUUUAUUCAUAUGGCAACCAUGAACCAGCCGUCGCCGUCUCCAGGUAUCAUGGUAUUUAGGCCGACCAUGCAAGAGUUUAAAGAUUUCGCGGCUUACAUUAAGAAGAUGGAAGACUGUGGUGCACAUAAAUUUGGGAUAGCAAAGGUCAUUCCACCAAAAGAAUGGUAUGCUUCAAAGAGUUAUGACAUGGAAACAAUUGGAAAAAUUGUCAUAGAAUCUCCAAUUGCACAGUUAGUCACAGGGCAGCAGGGUCUUUAUCAGCAGUUUAACAUUCAGCAAAAGCCCCUUACUGUAAAAGAUCUCAAAGAGUUGGCAGAAAGUGAAAAGUAUCGCCCACCAAAAGGAGAUUCGGAGAAAAUGGAAAGGGCGUAUUGGAAAAAUGUUACAUUUAACCCUCCAAUAUACGGUGCUGAUGUGGCCGGCUCAAUAUACGAUGCCGACGUGAAAUGCUGGAAUAUAAAUCAUCUUAACACCAUUCUUGACCUUAUCGAAAGCGAGAAGAAUGUAAAGAUCCUCGGCGUGAAUACGGCUUAUCUCUAUUUUGGUAUGUGGAAAACAUCGUUUGCAUGGCACACCGAAGACAUGGAUCUUUACAGCAUUAAUUACUUGCAUUUUGGUGCUUCUAAAUCUUGGUACGCCAUUCCACCUGAACACGGAAGGAGGCUGGAGACACUUGCGGCUGGAUUUUUUCCUGGAAGUGCCAAGUCCUGCUCGCAGUUUCUCAGACAUAAAAUGACUGUCAUAUCACCAAGCAUGUUGAAGAAGUACUCCAUCCCAUUCUACAAGAUGACCCAGAACGCAGGGGAAUUCAUGAUAACGUUCCCAUACGGAUAUCACUCCGGCUACAACCAAGGCUUCAACUGUGCUGAGUCAACUAACUUCGCAUCUUUGCGUUGGAUCGACUUUGGAAAAAGAGCUAAACCCUGCUCUUGCCGAACAGAUAAUGUUAAGAUUGAAAUGGCGAUAUUUGUCAAGAAGUAUCAGCCAAAACAAUACAAAGAAUACAUGGACAGCCUCGAAAAGAAAAAGUCAGCAUCAGACCAGGGCGAUGAAGAAAAGAAAGUCGUGGCGAAAAAGCCAGAGAAAAAUAUCAAAGUCAAAAGAUACAACAGGUAUCCUUCGUUGUCUGGUGUUCAGUCCAUAGCCAAACAUGUCAAAAAAGAAGCUCAGGAUCGCAAGAAGCAAUCCAUCUCAAAGAUACAGAAAAAGCAGGUAAUCAGGAAGGCCAAAGACAUCUUGAAGAAAGCAGAAAAGGCUCGACGUGAAAGUAUUGGGAAGAAGAAGCCUCUUCUGGCCAUGAGGAUGCAGGGAGAGCCAACCCAUGCUCAACAGCAGCGGCCCAGUAAGAUCCAAACUCCGAUCAAAGUACCAUUAGCACCAAACGGAUCAUAUAAUUCUACAGAGAUGGAUAAUUCUGUGAAUGAAAGAAUGCGUAAAUUGUUGGAAAUCAAAGCAGAAAUGGAAAGAGAAACGGAGAUGAAGAAGAAUAGGCUUCAAAAUAUUCGCGUUGCACGAGAACAGAGGCACCAGCAGAGAGAAGUGAAGCAAAAGCUGAGAAAAAGGGAAAGGCCGUCGAAAGUCGGAAAGCUGAAAAUCAGAGCACAAAGCACAGAGUCGAUAUCGCCAUCCGCUGCUGAUACACCACAAAAAGAAGGAGCACGAAUCCAAGAAACGAAACCACAGUCUCCUACUUGGGAUGAGAUGCCUGAGCAUUUGAAUGGUUUGUGGGCCAAUGAACAAAUAGACAUACGUCGUGAAAUCACAUACAAUAAACUUUUAUCGAUGAACGGUAGACGCUGUGCAGUUUGUGCAUACUUUGACCCUGAGACGGCAAAAAGCAUAGCCAAGCCAUCGCACACAUCGGGUGAGAGCUUCACAAGUAACCCUGUAAGGAGUGUUCCACUAGUACCCGACAUCUGUUUCAUACCUGUAGCAGGUAAUUCACGCGUCAGCCCUACGGAAGAGCUGCCCGAGCCUCCUUCUCCCGAGCCUCCUUCUCCAACGAUGAACAAGGAGAGCACAUUAGUUACCUGUCGUGCUUGUUGCGUCACCGUCCAUCAAAGUUGUUAUGGUGUACCGGAAGAUGAACCUUGCGACUUGCUCGAUUGGUACUGCAGUCGAUGCCAGCCGACCCCAAUUGGCAUACCCGGGAUCAAGCCAGUGAGGUGCAUACUUUGUCCACUGCGAGGAGGUGCCUUCAAACAAUCUACAUCGCGAAGAUGGGUGCAUAUAGUCUGUGCAUUGGCAUUUUAUGAUAUUUCCUUCCUGGAUCCGAAGAAAAGAGACCUGGUAGACAUUUCAUCGUUGAAUUUGGCUAGAACAAAAUUGAAAUGUAUAUAUUGUCGGAAGUCAACGAACAGUGCUAUCAACAACGGAGCGUGUGUGCAGUGUGUCAGUGGCAAAUGCGCGCAGAGCUUCCACGUCACUUGCAGUUUCCACAACGGCACGCCUCUGUACGCAGGAGACUGGCCAUUGGUUGUUGAGGCCUAUUGCUACAAACACGAUAAGGCAAGAACGAUCAGAAACGGUAAACGACUGCUUCCAGAAGUCCAGUUAAACGACAAGGUUUAUGCCAAACAUAAAAACGGAAGGUACUACAAAGGCAAAAUCGAAUCAAUAGAUUCAACUACAUUUUAUUACGUUGUCUUUGAAGAUGGGUCGUUUUGUCACGAUCUGCCGCCAGAAGAUAUCUUGAGCUACUCACCAGGGGUAGUGUACUCCAAUGAAGAGAAGGUUGAUGUCUUAUGGACGGACGGUGUCGUUUAUCCAUCUGUUGUAAAAAGUUGCGAAGUCGUUCAAAGAUUCGAGGUAAUUUUUGAAGAUGGGUCCACCUUGUUUCUGAAACGAAAUGACAUUUAUCGGGAAGAUGAAGAUUUGCCAAAGAAAAUUCAAAGUAAAUUGUCUUGUGCAACAGAGACGGCAAAUUUGCUUUGGCAAGCUCCAAUUAUGAGAGAAUCGCCGACGAAAAAAGUAAAAGCAGAACAAAAGAAACUAACAAAGCUCUAGAUGUCAUUUAUCAAUAAAACAGAUAUAAAGUUUUUUAAAGUGUCCUGUCGACAUCGUUUCAUUCCGGUGAACUUUUUCUCACGUCAAUAUUCGUUUGUUUCUGUUCAUGUGACCUUUUCAUGUGAGAGUAUUGUUCAUUCUUUUCUAUUAUUUUUAUAUGAUUCUUAUUCUUUCAUGUUAUCCAUGAAUGUUAUUUACCUGUCGUUUAUUGUUGCACAAAGAAUUUCUGUUAAAGGAUGUUUAUGUGAUCGUGUAGAUAGGCGCCGCGUUCUGUGCAUCAUACUUUGUACCACAUUGUACUACUUUGUACCAUCCUAAAAAGCCUUAUAAAACUAGUUAUUUUAUUCAACUGUAGCGAAGAAAGUUUAACAGCUCAUCGUCUUUAAAUAAAAACAACAACAAAUGUUAAUUUCAAUAUCCGCUCUACUGUUUUGUAAAUGCACAGUUAGGUUUCUUACGUGUAAAUAUUGCUGUUUCAGCCUAUUUUCUUUCCCUUGUAUAAUUUUUUUACUUGCACGUGCUAUUGUUACCUCAGUUGAAAUUUUGUUGACGUUAAAGUAUCUUUAUUUAUUUUCAAAUUUAUUUUCUUAUUUAUAAUUUGAAUUAAAAUUUGGGUUCAUUCAUUUUACCUUUGGAGUAUCUUCUCCAGCUGCGUUCGGUUACUCUAUUUGUUCCUUUUUCAAAGCAAUUUUCGUACCUUCUAAUCCAACAUAUCCACCAACUGUUAUGAUUCUUGUAUUUUCUCUUUUUGGGUUUCCAGUAAAGGGAAUUUUAUCAAGCCUUUUAUUGAAAAGGCUUGAUUAGAUUUAAGCUCCUCUUUUAGGCUGAUCUAAAAACCUCUUCGUCCUUUGUGAAACUUCAAAUUUUUUUUCUAAAAUCAUCGUUUGCUUUCUGGUCAUUAUUAGAAGACUAGCUUUCCCAAGAGGACUUUGCCUUCAAUACCUACUUAUUGGUGCAAUGAAAGGAGUUGGAGGUUUCAAUACCCCUAGGUACCCAUUACCCGGUUCCCUAUUCCCUUACUCAAAAACGAACUUUACUCAAAAGGGUACACCCAUAGUCAAGUUGGAACGCCGUGCCGUUGGAAUGCUAAGCCCGCCAAGGAUAACUAGUGAACUUGCCGCAUUCAAAGUGCCCGAGCCGCCGACUUACAUAUAAAUGCAUUAAAUUAACUUGCAAUAAAAUAUUUUCCUGUUCAAUGAUAUAUUUUAUUUUCUUGGCACUCGAUUCGAAAAAAAUGUUAUUAUUCUAAUCUAAAUUAAUUUUGUGUUGAGUCUUUGAUUAUAUCAGUCGAAAUAAGAUUUUUAUUGCAGAUGUAAACAUGUUUGUCGUGAGAUAUUUAUCACGUUUUUAUGGAAAUAUUGAAAGUGCUGUUAUUCUUGAUUUGCACUAAUGCA